AUGACUGCCGACGACCUUUGUGACGGCAUCCUUGGCAUGGUCGCCAGGAUCCGAAACCAACCCCCUGACGAGCUUCACGAGCUGACUUACGAUAACGAGUUUGCGGCCGAGGUGGACAAAUGUGAACGCCUGUGGGAAACCGCGCUUUUGCGUACCUUGCGGUUCCCUUUCAAACGCGACCGUAAGGGCCAUAACCGCCUUUAUGAAAGGCUGUGCAAGGACUGGACGCCCAACGAGCUCGGCCCAGAGGCGGAGGCGGUCAUCUGGUAUUGGGCCAUUGAGCCCGACACCUUCUUUGCACCCACGCCCAUCGUCGACCCGGACCAUGCCACGCCUUGCAUGUUGGACUCGGUCUGUCGCCUACUGAACCAUCUAGCAACCCAAACCAAGGUCGAUGUCGUUCGCUGGCGAUUGCUCCUGUGUUUCCUCGUCGAGUUCGUUGACGAACGGAUCACGGGUACCAGCAAUGCGGAUCAUAUCGUCCAUCUCUUGAUCCAGGCGAAGCUGAUCUCUCCCGGAGUGCAGCAUAUGCUGUCCGUCAACCUUGUGAAAUGGCCCAAGGCUGGGCGCCGGUACGUGAGUCUCGCCAACGGGCUUGGAGGCUGGGGUGCUCUUGUGUACCUUCCUGCCUUCGCCCCAUCGCAUUAUGAAGAACACUACCACCCGGAUGGUAUGGACCAAUCGCGGAUCAUCCAGUGCCUGCAAGAGCAAGUGCCGACGACCGCCAGCUUGAAGCGCAACGACUGGAAUGCUUAUGAGGUUGCCAAUGCCCUCCGCCAGCACUGGCGUAGGAAAUGCCCGACGAGCUUCUUCCAUUGCGACCCAUGUGGACACCAGGGAAGUGCUCGACCUCGUCGUGUCCGGCGGCCGAGAAAACGUCGUCAGACACCACGCAAUGGCGUCUAUCCACCCCCACGGACGCCUCUCCCGGCCAUGGGUGAAGAGGUCUCCACGUGGCAAGCUCCUUCGCCCAUGGGCCAGUCGCCUUGGGGCAGUGGUGAUCCGAUGCCAGACCGCGCAUCUCCGCAACUCUCUUUCCUCGCUCCCAGUGACGAUGAUUGUCGGGUGUUCCCUACAUCCUCUUCGACGCCGCUCGUCAUCUAA